CCAUCCCAGAACCCCACACAAGCCUCAACCAGAGGGCCAUCUUCCUGUGUAUCAAAAUGGCCUCCUCGACCUCCCUCCCUCUACUCUUCUUCCCCUUCCUCCUCCUCACCCUCUCCCACGCCGCCACCUUCAACGUCGUCAACCAAUGUUCCUACACCGUGUGGGCUGCAUGGGCAGCCACCGGCAACGUCGGCGGCGGCCAGCAGCUCAGCCAAGGCCAGACCUGGACGGUCACCAUCAACGCCGGCACCACCGGUGGCCGCAUCUGGGCUCGUACUGGCUGCUCCUUCGAUGGCAACGGCAACGGGAACUGCCAGAGUGGCGACUGCGGCAAGCUCGCCUGCACCUCCUACGGCUCCGCACCCAACACCCUCGCGGAAUUCGCCCUCAACCAGUACCAGAACCUCGACUUCAACGACAUCUCCCUCGUUCAGGGCUUCAACGUGCCCAUGGACUUCCGCUCCACCUCGUCGGACUGCAGCAUGGAUAUCCAAUGCACCGCCGACGUCGUUGGGCAGUGCCCCAGCGCGCUCAAAGUUGCCGGCGGCUGCGAUGACCCAUGUACCAUCUUCAACACUCCUCAGUACUGCUGCCCUUCCGGCUCCAGCUGCGAGCCAACCACCUAUUCCGAGUUCUAUAAGGGCCUGUGCCCGAAUGCGUUUAGCUACCCGGAUGAUUAUGUCAACACCAGCUUCACCUGCCCCGGUGGGAGCAACUACCAGGUUACCUUCUGCCCUUGAGGCUUUGAGAGCAUGGUGAUCCAUGCAUGACGCUGUUUCGAGUAUGUGAUAGCUUUGGAAUAAGGUGUUUGUAACCAAAUUUACGAGCCAUUAAACUGGCCUGUGAUGCGUGCAGCAUUAUUGGAAUUAUAGAAAUAAUUGUUUACUGUUAGUAAAUGCA